AUGGUACUUCAGCGGAACCGUCGCCGCCAGAGGAAGAAGAAAGGGCCGGGCGGAGGCGCGGCGCCCACUGGGGUGAUGAAUGCAAUUCCUGCGGCCGGCAGGGAUGAGUCAGCGAGCGAUGUAAGCGGGGGAGGCAUGAGUAGCGGAGGAGAGGAAGGGACGCAUGCAGAGGGCGUUUCCCGGGUGCUGUCGGGAGGGGGCAGCGCUGGAAGCUGCGGGUACCACGAUGAUGAUCCGUCAUUCUUUUCUCCUGUCUCCAGUUCCGUCCAUCCGCCAGGAGGCAGCUGCCAACCGGGGGGAGCGGAUCUGUUAGGGAAGCCACGCUCCUCUCUGGGAGCUCGACAGUCCAGACAAACUCAUGAGAUGCGCAGUUCAGAUGGCAGUUGCGAAAAGCGCGACUACAGAAGUAGUGGCGAGGAGAUGGAGAGUGACGGGGCAGGCGAGAGGGGACAGGAAGACGAGGAGGGUGGAGGGACGGAAUGCAGUGUGACGGAGAGCGACGGACAGUAUUCAAACAGCGGCCGCGAUGAGGAUGACUAUGAUAACCCUGGACACCGCAGUGAUCCGGAAGACGUCGAUUCGUCGUACUCCUCGGAGGGCGAAGAUGAAGACGGCGAUGGAUACGAUGACGAGGACGGAAGCAACCCACCGUUGGGUAUGAGUGGGGACGAUGAGGGAGACGAAUACGACGAUGAUGAUGGAGACUCUCUGGAUGAUGUAAGCCCUCAAGGCGCGAGUCCUGGCCUUCCGUCCAAGGGCGACAGCUGUAACUCCGGCGGAGUUUCCAGAGACACAGAGGGCUCAGGAACAGAAGGAAGUAGCUCGGCAGCCCACGGAGACGAGACAGGAGAGGUGGAGGACGAGACCAAGGGCAAUAUGGAGAGCGACAUGUAUUUCACAGAGAGUGACGAUGAAGAUGCCAAGGAGUACCGAAAGGGCGGGUACCACCCCGUCAAAGUCGGCGAGAUCUACAACCGGCGCUACCGCAUAGAAGCCAAGCUUGGAUGGGGCCAUUUCAGCACUGUCUGGCUUGCCACGGAUCUUCAAUCGUCACCUUUGGAGUACGUGGCAAUCAAAUUCCAGAAGAGCGCCAAACACUACACAGAGGCCGCUGUCGACGAAGUUCAUCUUCUGACUGCCGUCAAGGAGGGAGUGAAGAACGCAAUAUGGCGCGAAGCCUCCAAGGGCUACAGUGAAAUCGUGAAGGAGAGACUAGCGGAAGCGAACCCGAUCGAGACGAACAACUCGCGUCUCCCUCCUCCGCCGCUCUCACCGAACUCGUCGCUAGCUCCCCCACCUGUCGUGGUUUUCAAAGAAAAGUUUGCGCAUACUGGCCCCAACGGACGCCACAUGUGUCUCGUCUUCGAAGUCCUCGGGCCGAACUUGCUGUCGCUCAUCAAGCGCUUCAACUUCCGCGGGCUGCCGAUGAACCUCGUUCGGCGCGUCGCGACGGACGUUCUGUACGGCCUCUCGUACCUCCACGACGUGUGCGACAUCAUCCACACUGACUUGAAGCCUGAGAACGUGUGCGUGUCCGCGUACCCUCUCCCGCCUCCCUUGCCGCCGGCUACAGCGACGUCGGCAGUUCCCGGGGUCUCUGCGCCACUCACUGCAGAAGACAAGAAGCGGGAGCGGCGAAAGCGGAAGAAGCAAAACCGGAAACAGCGGAAGAAGGCGCUCGCCGCCGCGCUGGCCGCAGCAGAGCGCGAACAGGGCGACGAGAAGGGGGACAGGCAGAGUCUCGCGGAAGGCGACGAGGACGAAGACGAGACCGAGGGCGCAGAGAACGACGCACACCAGAAUGCGGACGAAACGACAAGCGCGACGGCCGCUGCCAAAGACACAGAAGAGAAACCAGAGGAGAAACGCGAUGCACCGCCUUACGUGAAAGGCAAACUCCGGCCGAGUCGCUCCGACCCUUCCCUCCUCACGUCGUACACAGACAGCAUCCAUGCCGUUCAAGGGACGCUCAACAGGCACAUGUACAACUACGUGGGAUACUCGCAGUUCCGCUCGCCGGCGGCCUACUGUUGCCCGCGUUCGGGGCGCCGAGUCAUGUACUGGCUGCCGAUCGACUACGACGAGAAGGAAAGGCAGUCGGAGGCGGACGACUGCAACCCUGCCGAGGGGUCGAGUGGAAAGGCGGAGGCCGGCGAAGGCGCGAAGAGCGAAGGCGCGAAGAAGGGUAAGCCGAAGACGCAGGCGGCCGAGGACGGAGAUAAGUCGUCGUCUGCAGCCGGAGGGACGACGGGGAAGAGCGGCAAGAGAGGGACGGAGCACCAGCAACUUCCGCUGCUCCACGAUGACCUUUUGCUGCAUCCGGCGGCAGAAGGCAUCUACGCCAAGCAACAGAAAGCCGCAGCCCUGGGCGGUUCGGCCGGAAAGGACGGCCAGGGCGCAAGUGCGGCGACGAACGGCGAGACGGGCGAGAGCAACAACGGCGACGUCCUCAUGUGGGGGCCGUACGUGAAGCUGGGAGUCGGCGAGGAGCCGCCGAAAGAAAUGACUGUCGUCAACACCACGGAGGGGCGGAUCUGCAUCAAGCCCCUGCCUCCCUCAUCGUUCGUCUUCGAACAGCCAAAUGCGGUGUACAAACUGUGCGACUUGGGAAAUGCUUGCUGGGUUCACGAGCACUUCACGGACGACAUUCAAACGCGGCAGUACCGCUCGCCAGAGGUCAUCAUUCGAGCAGGGUACGACUGCUCGGCGGACGUCUGGUCGUUCGCAUGCAUGCUCUUCGAGCUCAUCACGGGGGACUAUUUGUUUGAUCCAAAGUCUUCUUCAGCCUUCGAUCGAGAUGAGGACCACCUCGCUCUGAUCAUCGAGCUCCUGGGCAUGUUCCCCACCGAUUUUGUGGGCCGCGGGCGGCUCUCCAGUAGAUUUUUCCGGGGAACCACCAGCCAGUUGCGGCGCAUCCAGCAACUCCGCUUCUGGCCGCUCGACGCCGUCCUUCGGGAGAAGUACCACCUCCCUACCAUUGAAGCAGAGUCGCUCUCGGAUUUCCUGCUCCCCAUGUUGGCGAUUGAUCCGCGACACCGACAGUCGGCAGCCCAGAUGCUCCAGCAUCCCUGGCUACGCAUGCGGACGAUGCAGGACGAAAUCGUUUACGCGCAGAUGAAACGCAACAUGCAUGUGAGCCAUCCAGCGAUCGACGGCAUCUUGCAGCACCCGCCGGUGGCCGACGAAGAGGAGGGCCUGACGCGCCCCCGUCCUCGAGGCCCCGCGGCCGCCGCGCAUGACGCCCUCUCGGCGUCUCUGGUUUCCUCAGGAGCGAUCGACGCUUCCCAGGCGGCACUCGCAGCUGCGCAGCAACACUUGACGGGGCACCACUUCCCGUACGAAAGUCUUUUCGCGGCCUCAGGAGCGGGGGCUGUGGGGGGGCUGGAUCCCGCGUCUGCUGCAGCUAAUGGAGGGACCCACGUCCCUGGAGCAAAAGGAGCUGCCGCGACGCCGGCCACGACGCGAAGUUGCGGAGGCGUGUCUCUCCCUGUCGUGAGUGCGGCGUCUUCUUUUUUGACCGGAGGGGCUGCGGGAGGAAGCGCCCGGGCGGCCUACGCCGCGAGCGCGCUUGAGGCGGCGGUGGCCGGGCUGGUGUCUUCCCCCUCCUCGUCGGCCCCUGGGACAACGGCGUCUGUGAGCGCAGCCGCGAGCCUCGUAGUCUCCGGCUCUGCGCGUAUCCCUCCCCAUCUGUCUCCCGCCAUGGCGUUGAGUCCCCAUGGCGCCCAGGCGCACCAGACUUCUCCUGUGUCGCCCUGUUCUUCACUCGCUUCUCACGCAGCUUACCCUCUAAGUGGAGAGAGCCAGGCGCGGGCGCAGCAGCCGGCGGUCGGCCAGUCGUCCCCGUCGGCAGGCGUUCGCCCAGCCGGAGGUGCGCCGGAUACAGCUUCGGCAGGGACAGGAAAGGGAAGUGGAGGCGUCAGCGCGACUGCGUUCGUUGGCGGCUCUCCUCUGUCCAGUUCCGCGUUCCAUCACCUCGCUUCCCACGACGGGUCUUCGUCGCAGGGUGAAGGGAAGUCCGGCGGAGGAGGCAGCCUCUUCGGACAGCAGUUGCCGCAGCAGGAGCUGCAGCAGCUUCUGCUGUUACUUCCGCCGGAAAAACAACAAGCCCUCCUACAGGAACACAGUGCUGUCAGUGGGGCGGCGGCCAGCAGAGGUGUGGAGACUUCCGCUGCACUACGAGGAACAGUGCCGCUAGACGGCUUCGACCAGGCGUUCCUCGCGGGACGGGUGGAUCCACCGCCCACGACAUCAUCGCCUCCCAGUACACCGUACCCUGUGGGGAGAAACACGGGUAUGAGGAUUCCUGUGUCGGCGCGGCCGUCCACCAGUGAACAUGCACACGCAUCCGGCGACAUUGCCGCUCUUGCGUCUGCCAGAGGACCGACGGACAUAAGGAAACACGACCAGGAAGCCGAGGAUCAGUUGGGUAGCCCCAACAGCCGGUCGGCAUCAAUGAAGAGACGGGAACAGCUGCGACAGCAGAUGCUUGACGGCGUCGCCUCCUCCAUGCUGGGUGCCGAUCGCCACGCGCUGAUCACCGACGAAUUUGCAGCCAUCCGCCCACAACACUGCACGUCGCUGCCUCUGGGAGCAGCUGGCGACGCGUGCGCAAACAGCAGCGGCAUUUUAGGGGCUUGCGCAACAGAUGUCGACUUUCCGUCAGAUGUCGACUUCACUCAGCCGGGUUUCCCGUUGACACGAGAUCUGGCGGGUUCGGACGCUCGAGGAGCUGUCCACAUGCUUCUCGGUGGAGCAGACGGUAGAUGCCAACACCAGGGAAGUCGUAGCACGCUUCCGAGCAGUACGGCGAGUGGAACGUUCCCGUGGCAGAUUCAAAAUCAGCAGCAGCUGGCCAGUGCUGAGCUGCUUGCUGCAUUGAAGCAGGAGCAACGGGCCGUCAGCAGUUGCUUUUCGUAUGCUGGGCUUGGCAGUAGUGCCACGCCUGGAGCACAAGUGAAACCUGGUGGCGGAGGCGACUUGAAGCAGCAGCUUUCGUACGGGUCAUGUACGGCGCAGCAACUAGCGCAGACAGAAACGCCCGGCGUUGACUCCUUUGUAUCACAGCAUGCACAGACUGCUGGAGGAGGCAGAGACAAUGCGUUUUCUGGAGCGACAAGGAAGGCUGACGAGAGAGGGUGGCAGGCCAGUCCAGCGGGUAUGUGCCAGCAAUGGCGUCCAGACUGUUCGGGCAUCAGUUUCCAUCAGUACCAGGCACGUCAGCAGCAGAUAGACCAGAUAGUGCAGCAAGAUGGAGUUCAGCGCCAAAUGCAGCAGCAGCUCCACGAGAGAGAUCAACGAGAGAAGCUAAAACAACAGCUUUUGCGUCAGCAGGAAGACCUCACACGCCUCCUCGGAAAGGCACAACAGCAAUUCCAACAACAACAGCAACUGCAGCAACAGUGA